UAAUGCGUACGGCUAUUCCUAAAGUAAAAAGGAAUAACAAAGAACUCUAGCUGCACGAACGAGAGAAGACGCGCUAUCUGAAAAGAAAAGAGAAAGAAGAUGGGAGCAGAAGCAGAAGCAGAGAAGCAAGGAACUGAGAAUGAGAAGCCAAGCCCCAAUUCCAUCACGGUGGCCCAGUUCCUCUCUUGGAAGCGCCAGAAGGAUGCUGAUGAGUCAGCCAGAAAAGCUGAAGUGGCGAGGAAGCGUGCAGAGGAUAUUGCUGCAGGAACAGUCCAAAUGAAUGGCCGGGAGCUGUUUUUACAUGAGCCUUGGGUGUUUGAUGACACUCGUCUUUGAGGUCAGCCUUAAUGAAGGAUAACAUUUGUAUAUUAAAUAAAGGGCUAAUCCUAUGAAAGAAUCAUAAUCAUUCUUAUAUUGAAGUUCUACUUUCAGUGAUUCUUUUAUAAAAUUAACUUCCUCUUUUUGUUUUUAUCUCUAUUGGGUCUUAUGGAAAAGAAGUAUUAAGUAGAUUUGGCACCAAGAAAAGAAAGAGUUGAUCCAGAUGGGAGAAAUGCAGUAAUCUGUUUUGCAGACAGAUCACUUAAAACUAUAUUUGCUUAUACCAAGGAAAUUUAAUUUGCAUAUUUUCCAUAACAGCUCUGUCAUCUGUGAUAGUACUAAAUUUCUUCUGUAAGUGUCAAUUAAGAAGUGGGCUAUACUGAUGUUUUGUA